GGCGGAGUGAGGGGUUGUUGUGACUGGUUGGGUACUAUGGAUAGGAAGAAGAAGGUGCUGGAGGUGACGGCGUCCUCGCUGGUCGACCUUAAAGCCGAACUUUUCCGCAAACAAGAAGAAUUCAAGCGUGAUAAAUUUUCCAAGGCUGCUGAUGGGCCCUCAAAGCCAAAAGCGAUCCCUAAGAAGCCUAAUAUCUGGAAUAAGCAAAAUGUUGGGGUCUCAGCCCGAGCAGAGAAAGAUGCCGAGCAGAAAGCUGAAGAGGACAACACACUUGACAAAUCCAGGAAGAAGUUGGAGGAGAAAGCACUCCUGUAUGAGAAGAUGACCAAAGGAGAUUUUCCUGAUGAGGAGACGGAGGAGCUGUACCUGGUGGAUUUUGCACAGAAGAUUAUAGACAAGCAGCGAGAGGUGCAGACAUUGUGUCACAAGGAGCAGAAGACAGACGAAGGGGAGGAGGACGUGAGAGCGCCGGAUAUGCCAGUCCCGGGUCCUAAAGACCCCGGGGAGGAAUGGGUGGAUUAUGUUGAUUCGCUGGGCCGAUCAAGACGCUGUAUGAAGAAGGACCUUCCAGACCUUUUGAAAAUGGACAAAGAUCUAAAAGGAAAAAAAGCGGCCGCUCAGGAAAAGACUUUACUGUCUGAGGAUAUGAGACAGGAGAUGCAAAGACAGCAGUGGGAGCAGGAAGAGGAAGAAGCCUCGAAGAGACCGAUUGGUCCCUUACAUUAUGAAGACAUAAGGGACAAUGAGGCCAGGCAGCUGGGUGUGGGCUAUUUUGCCUUCGCCAAGGAUGAACAAAACCGUCAGAAGCAAAUGGAAACGCUGAAUAUGCUGCGAGAUCAGACCGAAGAUCAAGGCUGAAGCGUGAGCGCCUAAAAGCAAAGCGCAAAGCAAUGCUGGACGCGCGUCUUGCCAAACUGCGGCAGCGUAAAAUGAAAAAUGUGACAGAGGAAGGAGUGGAGCCGGAGGCAGCUCAGGAUGCUGAGGAUGAACUGAUUGGGCCGAGCCAGAAGAGCCCCGUGAGCUGGAGAAGAAGGUGGAAGUUGUUGUACAGGAGAGAAGAGAUACCAAACCUGGAGCCCCCCCAUGUCAGAGAGUGGGACAGAGGCAAAGAGUUCACAUUCGGCCGCUGGUCCAAAAUCUGUGAUGACCUGAGGGAUGAACGCGAUCCCGAGUUUGCACCGCCGUCCGUCUACGCUGCAAAGCGAAAGUCAAGGAAACGAAAGAAGAGAAAGCGGAAGCAGGCAGGACCUUCUAAAGACCCGUCACAAUCGGGACCAGAACACAACCAGCAUGCACAGGAAGCACCAGGACCCAACAAGCCCACAAAGCCGGAUGAGCGGAGUCUGGAUGAAAUGUUGUCUUAUUACAGGAAAGUUACCUGA